AUGAUGAGAUUGCCUGGAGCUAUAGCAUUACUUACCUUCGUCAGCUUAGCAGGUGCUUUGCCUAACAGGAAUGUGACUAUUGCAGUACCGGAAGGAUUUUCGAACCACGGCAAGGAGGAUUUAUUCUGCGUUCCGACACAUUGGUACCAAAUCCUGACGUUCUUUGCCGUCAAUUAUGUUGCGCAUGCUGCGACGGUCAAGUCUAGACCCGGGCAGCAUUAUCAUCAUACCAUUCGCGAUUUUCUGCUUGCUCUCGCGUUCCCUUUCUCAGGGGUCUUAAGGGCAAUUGAGACUCUCUCGCGAGGAUCCUGGCCCAGCGAAAAAAACCUCAUAAAGGCUGCUCGUGCUGGUGCUUUUUGUGUUGUUGCAAGGGACCAAGAUUGGCAGGAAACUCCUCUGGUACGAAAGGCUAUUGCGAAGACCCUAAAAGAGAUUGGACCAAUCAUUCGAGACCAAGAAAGGCGUCGUGUAGCCCAACAUGCCGAUGAGUAUGUUCAAAGCAGCUUCUACUUCCACGAUAAUACUUCGGAGCGUCACGUGUCCGAGGACAUAGCCCUCGAGUAUCUUCAGCCUCAGGCUGAAACCUACGUUGAUACGACUACUAACAAUCAUGGUCGGUACAAUCCUCAACGCCGAAACUCUUUCGACAAAGUGGUCUUCUCCAAUGAUGUAAGGCAAUUUCAGCCCCUCAUGGAAGACAGUAAUUGUCCGAAACCGAGACAUAAUUCCUUCCUUGGGAUCAAAUGGAUCGUUGAGCGGGGUUCGCGUAGCUACCGCCGGAUACAUGGUGUCUGCCGGCUACCGAAAGGCUACAGUCUCGCAUGGCUACCGAGUAACGCGAAGGUUGUUAGUGCAGUCAGUGGUAACAGCAGAGACGUGACGAUUUGCUCUUCCUACAACAUUCCCAAAGCAAUAAUUGCAAUGGUCCAAACAGUCUAUGGCUCUAUUACACUUUACCGAGCUCGUGGUGAUCAAAUUCAGCGCUAUGGAUAUGUGGCAUUCGGUCUGACGGUAAUUCCGUACACAUUCAUGUCGAUCGUGAACUUGUGCGUCAAUAUCUUAGUGCCAGACUACCCGACACUCUACAUCGUACGAUCUUUGGAGUCGGAUGAAGCCCUUGCGUUAGGAGGCCAAAUUGAUGGAGCUAUUGGUCGAGUAUCUCAAGAUGAUCAUGAACGCCAGCAAUCUGGUGGGAGCUCUCCUAACUUGUUUGUACCAGAUGAUGUUGGUUCCAAAUCGACACCUGAAAAGCCUCUGGUACAUGAAGAAGGGUUAAACUAUAGAGGACUAAGUGCACAAUACCGUGAAGUUGCGUAUAUAACACCUCUAGCCCAGCUCCGAGACGCUUCAUUCCCGCCUUUUGAAAAGAAUGGACGCGAGCGCUGGAGCAUUCGGAGGCAAAGCAUCGUGACUCCUAUUGUUGCGCACAUCAUCGGUGGUAUUCCAUUCAUAAUCAUCGGUAUACUGACGCAUUACGACCCUGGCCGGAGCACUCAAGCUCAACGGCUUUGGAUAAUGAUAUGGCUCGUGAGCGGUGUAACGAUUGGGCCUCUACUUGAAGGACGUCUAAACUUGCGCUUUCUCGAUCCAAAAGAUGCAUACAAGUUCAUGUUCAGUGUAAUCUCUGUGAUUGGCUAUAUUAUCUAUCUUCCGGUAGCUAUCGGAGCCUUCGUGGUUAUGGGUAAGAUGAUGAUGGUAUACGGAUCUUGUUCUGUAGUCACUGAGCUGGAGACUUAA